AUGGAUAUCUGUUCUGGGUUGCAGAGGCUGUCUGUCUGUUUUCAGACUUUUGUCUUAGAGAGAAGAGGACUCCAGCGCAGACUAAUGGAUUCACCCGUCGUCGGGCAGCCCAACUUCCGCCGGAAGAAGAUGACCAAGCAGCUGACAGGGAAGCGGGACGACGCUCCUCUUCAUUCGGCUGCGCGGGCGGGCAAUCUGGCCAUGGUGAUGGAGAUCCUGACUGAGACGAAUGAGGACGACUUGCAGGGUUUGCUGUCCAGACAGAACCAAGCAGGAGAGACGGCUCUGUACGUCGCCUGCGAGUAUGGCUACGUUGACGUAGUGGGCGAGAUGAUGAAGCAAUACGAUGCUUCAUCGGCUGGAAUCAAGGCUAAGAACGGCUACGAUCCGUUGCACGUCGCAGCCAAGCAAGGCGAUGUUGGUGAGCUUGUGGAAUCAUCUCCAUAAAUUAUAUAUUUUUCCUGCGAAUUUGUUCUUCCAGAUUCUGCAGUUCACGUCUGCUUGAUGAGGCGUUGAAGCUCCCCCAUCUCACUCACCCCCCAAUCCCUAGCAUUCCCCGCUGAAUUCCUUCCUCAGAAUUAGGUUUUCGAAGUUCUUCAGCAUUUCCGAACCAGUCAUCUCUGUGAACGUUGGCGCUUGUCUGAUGCCUUGUCUGUGCUCUGAAAUGACCCGGUUUUUCUACAUGGGUUUGCAGAUAUCCUGAAGAUUUUGCUGGGAGCGAUCCCGGAGCUGUCCAUGACUGCUGAUUUGUCGAACACGACAGCUCUGCACACUGCCGCCACGCAGGGUCACGUCGAGGUGGUCGGCCUUCUGCUGGAAGCUGACGCCAACCUGGUGAAGAUCUCCAGGAGCAAUGGGAAGACGGCACUCCACUCCGCCGCCAGGAACGGGCAUGCGGAGGUCGUGAGGGCGCUUCUGAGCAGGGACCCCAGGAUGGCCUUCCGGACGGACAAGAAGGGCCAGACGGCGCUCCACAUGGCCGUCAAGGGCCAGAGCCUGGAGGUGGUGGAGGAGCUCCUACAGUGCUCACCCUCGCUUGUGAACUCGGUGGAUUCCAAGGGCAGCACAGCGCUGCACGUCGCCGCCAGGAAAGGCCGCCCGCAGGUGAAGUCCCCAUCGUCACCACACCGCCGCCGCCUCACUGGUUCUGCCCUCUUGAUUGGGUCUUCUCUCGCUCGCAGGCUGUGCGUAGGCUGCUGGAGAUGCCGGAGAUGGACAUGAAGGUGGUCAACAGGGCGGGGGAGACGGCUCUAGACGCCGCCGAGAAGGAGGGGCAGGCGGAGGUUAUGGCCAUCCUGCUCGAGCACGGCGCGGAGAGCGCGAGGGCCCUCAAGGCCGCCAACCCGGCACGGGAGCUGAAGCAGACGGUGAGCGAGAUCAAGCAUGAGGUGCAGUCGCAGCUGGAGCACACGUACCAGACGAGGCGCCGUGUGCAGGGCAUCGCGAAGCGGCUGAACAAGCUCCACGCCGAGGGGCUCAACAACGCAAUCAAUUCCACCACCGUGGUGGCGGUCCUCAUCGCCACCGUGGCCUUCGCCGCCAUCUUCACCGUCCCCGGCGAGUACGCCGGCGGGCAAAACGGAAUCCCCCUGGGGGCCUACCCCGGCGAGGCCAACAUCGCGCACAACGUCGCCUUCAUGAUCUUCUUCGUCUUCGACUCUAUCUCCCUCUUCAUAUCCCUGGCGGUGGUGGUGGUGCAGACCUCCGUGGUGGUCAUCGAGAGCAAGGCCAAGAAGAGGAUGAUGGCCAUCAUCAACAAGCUCAUGUGGGUCGCCUGCGUCUUCAUCUCCGUCUCCUUCCUCGCCAUCUGCUUCGUCGUCGUGGGGCCUCACGACCGGUCGCUCGCCAUCUGGGUCACCGCCAUCGGCACCGCCAUCCUGGCCACCACUCUCGGGACGAUGUCCUACUGGGUCAUCGCCCACCGGAUGGAGUCCAGGAAGCUCAGCCGCCUCCGCCGCUCUUCGCUCAGCCGCUCCCGCUCCUGUUCCAUCUCCGCUGUGUCCGACCCGGAGCUGCUGACCAACGAGUACAAGAAGAUGUACGCCAUUUGA